AUGCUCACCAGACUAGCGUCCAAAUUGCCCCGAGCCACACGCCAUUUCGCCAGCAUGUCUGUCAACCCCGAGGAUUUCACCGUUGUCAAGGAGGGCAAGGCCACCAUUUUGGCGCCCAAGGAGGACAAAGUCUUCUACAACCCGAUCCAGCAGUUCAACCGCGACUUGUCGGUGAUGGCCAUCCGUGCGUGGCUGAAUCAGUACCUAGAGUCCCGGGCCGGUGAGAAGGAGCUCCGGGGCAAGCGGCGGCGGCCCAAUGGGGCGCCAACGCCCUACAUGCGCAUCCUCGAGGGCCUCUCCGCGACCGGGCUCCGCGCCGUGCGCUACGGCCACGAAAUCCCCGGCGUGGCGCAGGUCGUGGCCAACGACUUGUUGCCCGAAGCCGUGCGCUCCAUCAACCGCAGCGCUGCAUACAACGGGCUCCAGGAAACCGUCGUGGGCCACCAGGGCGAUGCCAUCAAGUACAUGGGCUCGCUCGCGGACGCCGACAGGUUCCACGUUGUGGACUUGGACCCCUACGGCACCGCGGCGCCGUUCCUCGACAGCGCCGUGCAGCUGGUGCGGGAUCACGGGCUCCUCUUGGUCACGUGCACGGACGCCGGCGUGUUGGCCGGCAACGGGUACCCCGAGAAGUGCUUUGCGUUGUACGGCGGCAACAACUUGGGCAACACGCCCAUGGGCCUGGAGCUGAACCACGAGGCCGGGCUCCGGCUCAUGUUGGGCGCGAUCGCCGCGGCCGCGGCGCGCUACAAGAAGUGCAUCGAGCCGGUGUUGAGCUUGAGCAUCGACUACUACUUCCGCGUGUUUGUGCGUGUGACCACCAGCCCGCUCCAGGUCAAGCGCUUGGCGCUGCAGACCAUGCUUGCAUACCACUGCGUAGGGUGUGGCGAGAUCAUCGAGCAGCGGCUCGGGCGCGUGGCGGACAAGCGGUUCCAGACGCCGCGUAUCGCGGCCGUUCCGGGCGAAAACUGCCGUUUCUGCGCUCGGCCGUUCCACGUGGCGGGCCCGAUGUGGGGCGGCCCGCUCCACGACGCGGCGUUCAUCGACGAGGUGCUCCGCAUCAACUCCGAGGCGUCUGCGGCGGUGUACGGCACGCGCGAGCGCAUCAAGGGCAUGCUUACAUUGGCGCGCCACGAGUUGCCGCAGCCGUUCUAUUUCAACUUGAACCAGCUCUGCAGCUUCAUGAGGGCGCCGCCCGUGUCCAUCGACGAGUUCACGCGGGCCGCGGGCAACUUGGGCCACCGUGUGUCGUUGACGCACGCCAAGAAGAACUGCGUCAAGACCGACGCGCCGUGGGAGCUGGUGCUCCAGAUCAUCGUGGCCUGGUUGCGCCGCAGCAACACGCGGCUCUUGGCCGAGCUGCGCGCGAGGUUGGCGGCGGAGACUUUCGACGACAAGAAGCUGAAGUUGCAGACCAAGAUCGCCAGCCUCGAGGCCGACUUGGGCGCCAGUGCCAACUUGACCAACGGCAUGGUGGGGGCCCGUAUCUUGGAGACGGUGACGCCGAACGCGGCCGUGGACUUUGACACUGCCAACGAGCAGAGUGACUCCGUUGCACGCUUGCGCCGCUUGAAGAUGGUGCGUUACCAGGAAAACCCGACCAAGGACUGGGGGCCCAAGUCGCGUCCGUCUAAGAAGUAG